CCUCCACAGAGAUGGGGAUUUUCCUCCUGCUGAUGCUCCUGUUUUCAGGGACAGACUCCACACACCCCUAUGUACUGGUAUCCCCUGGGAAGAACUGGACUGAAGCUCAGAGAUACUGCAGAGAGGAACACACAGACCUGGCCAGCCUGAGGAACCAGACAGAGAACGAUCUGGUAACCAAAAUCAAAGGAUUUCCAAAUCCUGGAGAGGUCUGGAUCGGCCUCUUCAGAGAUGCCUGGGAGUGGUCAGAUGGCAGCAACUCCUCCUUUCGCCACUGGGAACAUGGAGAGCCCAACUAUGGCGACGACAAUCCAAAAGAUUUCUGUGUUGAAAUGAAAUCUCCGUCCGGUCAGUGGAAUGAUCAAAGCUGUGACACACCACGUCCCUUCAUCUGCUAUGAGGACAAGCUGGUUCUGGUUAAUGAGAGUAUGACCUGGAUGGAGGCUAUGCAGUACUGCAGAGAGCACCAUGUGGACCUGGUGUCUGUGACCUCUGAGAAGAUCCAGCGCUGGGUGGAGGGGUGGGCCAAAGGAGCCUCAACUACUUACGUGUGGCUGGGCCUGCGCCACUCCUGCACUUUUGGCUUCUGGUUCUGGGUGAAUGGAGACUCAGUCUGCUACGACAACUUUGCCUCCGAUGCAGACAGAAUGCCGGGAUGUGACAAAACUGUGGCAGCAGUCGACAAAGAUGGUGGCCAGUGGGUCAGCCUGCAAGAGACCCUGGCACUGGACUUCAUCUGCACCAAUGAGGAGUGCUAUAGGCCAGGCCACGGCCCCCGCGAGCAACAAGUUAAAGGUUCCUGA